GUACGUGCAGGACUUUCAGCGCCUCAGGAGGAUAGAGGAGAUGGAAGGAGGGCAGAGGCCGGUGCGAAGUGGAGUGGUGGACCACCCCGUCGACGCCUACCUGCUGGUGAAGCGCCUGACGGUGGAGUGGGCGAGUCUGGAGGACGCUAUCACGGCCCAUGCAAAUUACACUCAAGAGUUGGUCCACCGCGUCGUGGCGUUCCGGGAGCGGACGUCCUUCCCUGUGAUGGAGGACCUGCACGGGGCCGCGGUCGCCCUGGUCAGGCUGCAGGACACCUACCGCCUUAACAUGACCUCGCUCUCCUCAGGCACCCUCGCGCCCGUGACCUCCGUGACUGCUAUGCAUCUUGGGGAGCUCCAGAGUUCGAAGCCCUUAAAUGCCCGCGACUGCCUGUUCCUGGGCAAGCACGCCUUCAACAAGGGUUACUACGACAAGGCCAUCGAGUGGUUCGAGGCGGCCCUGGAGAGGUCCGGCAGCGAGGAGGUCCUGACGGCGCCCAAGGAUGAGAUCGAGCCGUUCCUGCAGGCGGCCAUUAAGGUGCACGACGACGUCCUGGAGAAGCGAGGGCCGCGGGGCACAGACUGGCAGACGAAGACCCUCCCCGUCGACAAGGCCCUCGCCAGCAAACCCAAAUACCUCGACGCAGCCCCCGUAUUCGUCCCCAAGUUGUAUCAACAGCAGAGCGACGAGGAGGAGGAGGAACACUACAACAGGCUGUGUCGCGGAGAGAGACUGAGGACCCCCGAGAUGGAGUCGCGGCUGAGCUGCCGUCACGUGACCGCCGGCGCCGCCUACCUGACGCUGAUGCCUCUGCGCCUCGAGGAGAUGUCACUCGACCCUUACAUCGUCGUGUUUCGCGACUUCCUGACCGAGGCCCAGACCGAAGCCAUCAAGGGUAUUGCCAAGCCGAGGUUGACAACAUCCAGACACAGGGGCCCUGGAGGGAACUUUAUAAGCAGUAUGGUACGAACUUCAAGCACAGCGUGGCUGCGGGAGAGCGUGGACGAUCGCAAGAAACUCCUGCUGAACACGACGCGGAAGAUCGAGUUCGCGACGGGGCUUCAUGCCUUGGAGUCUUCGGCAGGAGAGGACUACCAGGUCGCGAAUUACGGCAUUGGGGGCCUAUACGUGACUCACACAGACUACCUGAUGGUCAGCCCCGACCCCCGUGCUUACACCCCCUGGGAACACUUCAUGGGGGACCGCUACGCAACCUUCAUGGUCUACUUAUCUGACGUGGAAGCGGGCGGCGCAACGGUGUUCCCCCGGGCGGGCGUGACCAUCUGGCCGAAGCGAGGAUCAGCGGCCUUCUGGUGGAACCUUUAUCGCUCGGGCGCCGGGGACGAGAACACGCGACACGGAGCCUGUCCCGUUUUGCAUGGGUCGAAGUGGAUCAGCAACAAGUGGAUCCACUAUAAUGACCAGUUCAAGCAGUAUAAGUGUGGCGUCAACACGUGGGACAAGCAGACGGUACCUUGAUGGAACAACAGCAGCAUGAAACCGCCAAUUGAAGCAUCGCUCGUUUGGCAAAUGACAAACAAGGGACACGGAGCAAAGGAUGUGAAAAAUAAGGAAUUUAAAAAAAUAUAUAAAGAAUAUAUAAAACAAUCGGGAUAGGAGAGGAAAUGUUGAUGUAAAUAAUAGUUUAAUAUCUGUAUGUGCUUUUAUAAUUGUUUACAAGCGGUUUGGAAGAAUCGCUGUGCUUCAGGGCAAAUGGUGUAGCUCACAAUUGUGUGUCUUGUUUUUUUCUUAUUUCUGAUGUUUGUCGUCAGAAUUUCUUUUUUUAUAUAAGUAAAGAGGAGUAUAUGAAGGGAAAACCAUGGCAAUAGAUCGUGUCGAAGAUUACUCAUGUUUGAGAGUAGCGCACUCUAUAUACACAAGGGUACCUUAUAAAUUGACUUUGAUGUUGAGUCAAAAGGUUUUCUUUUGAUAAUGCUUGCAUUUCUAGUAUCUAGAAGUGCUUAGACUGAGCACACACGUGCGUGCACACACACACACACACACACACACACACACACACACACAACACACACACACACACACACACACACACACACACACACACACACACACACACACUCACUCACUCACUCACUCACUCACUCACUCACUCACUCACUCACUCACUAGUGCUUAUGUUUGUUCAUAACUCCAGAAGUCAACAUCGACUUGUGAAAAAUACAUUUCUGAAUUGUGAUAAGGAUUACCCAUCAUGAGGUAAAGGUGAUAUUUUCUAGACUUUAGUUUUUAGGAUUAAGUAAUAAUUCCUUGGCAACUACAGCUUUCGAUAGGACAUGAGGGUUGUUGGUGCCGUCUAUUUAAAUUUAAAUCCAAUACAGGUUGUGGAUGUGUGUAUAUACUGUAUAUAUAUGUAUGUAUAUAUACUUAUAUACAUAAAUAUACAAUGUAUACUUAUAUUUUUAUGCAUAUUUUAUGCAUAUUGAACAGCACAUGCAGUAAACUUCGUUUGGGGGUUGGUGUAAACAGCAACGCAUAUAGUGGGUUGUGCCACCUAAACUUUAAAUCCAA